AUGGUAGGUCUGAAAGACGAUGAAUGCAGAACAGGAUUCCGCCAACGUGUGUCUAUUCAUGUUGGAGUACGGACCAGAAAGAAGCUUAGCGAUGCGGAUUCCUUCACAAAGUGCAUCCAGGACGCUGCAAGGGAAACGCUCCCGGUUCUAUUGCCGCGGAAGAAGUUUGCCUUUGCAUCCGCGGAAACAAAAUUCACGUACAAUUCUGUAUGUGUCGCACGCAACGCUAGUGACUUCAACCAGCAAAAGCGUCUUAGAAGGAAGCUGCGUCGUCAACUGCAACAAGACCGCGAUAACGAGUGGACGUCAAGAGCGAUGGAGUUCGAGAAGGCGUGGGAGGACAGGAACCCGCGGAAAGCCUAUGCUCUACUAAAACAGUAUAGCGACAAAAAGAAAAGAUGUUCUCCUGUCCUCAACACUGCCAAUGGAGUAGCUGUCGGUGAAGGAACCCUUCCAAUUUAG